UAUAAAUGAAGGCGUGUAUAUUCUCCAACAAGAAACUAUUGUUUUGCGUUGACGUCAGCACGCUGUCUCAGGGUUAGCCAAUGUCAAGCGUAAGUGUUUCGUUUUAGCCUGCCUAAAGACACACGACGUUAUGCUACGUCAACAUUUGUCUUGCAAUGUCGGCCUGAAUUUUAUGUCUGGUCUCCCAAAUCUGUCAGCACUCUGCUAGCUCGUUUGUUUAUGUCGCUAGCUAACGUUCAAUGCUAACGCUCAACGCCUUGAGUAACUCUCGUGACAACUAGCAACAAGAGACAAUAUUUCAACACGCGAUGAAAGAGCUCCUUACCGCAUGCGUCAGGUAACUGUAAAUAUUAACGUUGUUGGUUUUCUCCUCCCCCUCUACAAGGGAGCGACAAUAACAACAAGAACACUAACUAGUCUACCAAGGGGCCGAGGAAACCCCCAUUGCGCAAGCUCCAACCCUGAAGGAUCACGGGAAAUGUAGUUCUUAUUCGUGCUUCAACCCAAUGGUCACUCCCCCAAGGCGGUGCUCUGGUACAGCUAUGAGCAUCAUGUGUUCAUUUGCCCUGAGAUCCAGUUCAAGCUCAGCUGCAGGAGUUAUCCGCGCAUCGUCAUCUAUGAUUGUGCUCAGGAUAAGAAACGCGCACAAAAGAAAAUGUGCGCUCAUUUGCCUUUCUGUUGCUGUUGUCAUCACAUACAGAUACCUAGGCAUACCGAGAGGGGGGCAGAGAAUAAGCAGGAAAGUCGGACUGAGUGCCAACUCGUCCCAGUUCACCUUGGAGGGUGAGCCCUUCCGUAUCCUCGGAGGAUCCAUCCACUAUUUUCGUGUGCCCAGGGCCUACUGGAGGGACCGCCUGAUGAAAAUGAAGGCCUGUGGCAUAAACACCCUCACCACAUACGUACCGUGGAGUCUGCAUCAGCCCCAGAGAGGGCUCUUCAACUUCCACACACAGCUGGAUUUAGAAGCUUAUAUCCAUCUUGCAGCUGAACUGGGUUUGUGGGUGAUUUUACGUCCAGGGCCGUACAUCUCCUCUGAACUGGACCUAGGGGGGCUGCCGAGCUGGCUUCUCCAAGAUGACGACAUGAGAGUGAGAACAACAUACCCUGGAUUCACUGAGGCUGUCAACAUUUUUUACGACAAACUUAUUCCAAAAGUUGUUCCUUUGCAGUUUAAGAAAGGUGGUCCCAUUAUCGCUGUCCAGGUUGAAAACGAAUAUGGGUCUUUUGCUAAGGAUGAUGCUUACAUGCCAUUUAUUAAAGCGGCUUUGCAGUCUCGAGGGAUCCGUGAGUUACUGCUCACAUCGGACAACCGCAACACAUUAAAGUCAGGGGGUGUAGACGGAGCCAUGCGAUCAUUGAAGUUGCAGAAGCUAAAUCAGAGAGACAUUCAGGAUCUGACCAUAAUCCAGCCAAACGGACCAAUUAUGGUGAUGGACUACUGGACAGGCUGGUACGAUGUGUGGGGUGACCUCCACCACGUGCUCCCCCCAGAGGAUAUGGUGUCUAGUGUUAGAGAGAUUCUGAGGCGUGGGAUGUCUGUCAACCUCUACAUGUUCCACGGAGGUUCCAGUUUUGGUUUCAUUAGCGGAGGACUAGCUGAACCUUCCUACAAAGCAUUGGUCCCCAGCUACGAUUAUGACGCUCCCUUGUCAGAAGCUGGAGAGUACACUCAGAAAUAUCAUCUCCUCAGAGAUCUGUUCUCUCAAUUCAACAGAGGCCAAGGGUUCCCCAACAUGCCAGUGCUACAACAUAAGGAAGCGUAUGAACCAGCUAUCAUGUACCAGCACUUGUCUUUAUGGGAUGCUUUGAGCUUUACUGAGGGACCGUUUAAGUCAGACAUGCCGGUUAACAUGGAGAAACUACCAAUGAACAACAGGAAUGGACAGUCCCAUGGAUACACACUGUAUGAGACAACAAUCGCCAGCGGAGGCUUUUUGACAUCAGGAGACAAUGUUAAAGACCGUGCCCUUGUUUUUGUAAACAAAAGUUACAUUGGGCUUUUCAAGCGCCAAAAUCUGGAGCUGGCGGUUCCACAUGGCAAGGGACAGCGGACUUUGAGUUUAUUGGUGGAAAACUGUGGACGAGUUCACCGGGGAAGGGAUCUUGACAAACAACGUAAAGGCCUUGUCGGAGACAUUUUAUUAAACAAUAAUCCACUACGGGAAUUCACAAUAUACAGCUUGGAAAUGAAACCCAGCUUCAUUUAUAAUCUCUAUCAGGCCCCUUGGAAAACGCUUUCUGAACCUCUCAGUUUCCCUUCUUUUUUCAUGGGCCAUCUCUUUGUAUACGGCUAUCCCAGCGAUACAUUUGUGAAGCUGCCAGGUUGGGACAAAGGUGUUGUGUUUAUCAAUGGGAUAAACUUGGGACGCUAUUGGUCCAUUGGACCGCAACAGACUCUCUACCUCCCUGGUCCAUUUCUCAACAGGGGUAUCAACCAGAUCAUUGUGUUUGAGGAGCAAGAAGGUGACUACAAGGUCAACUUUGAGGACACAGCCGAUCUUGGCAUGGCAGCAGACAUCCAGUGACUCAUCAUUUCCUCUAUGUCUUCGAUGCUGUAUGAAAUGUUUUUUUUUUUUAAACUGAUGUACACAUAAUUUUGUUGCAAUGAAAUGAAUAAUGAACAGACAGCACACAAACCCAAGAUAUUUGUUGAAGCUGAUGUGACAAGUUGUGACUGUAUGGCCACAAAAAAAUAUAAAAGGGUGGAAUUUCUCUCUGCUUUUUUUUUAAUUUUUGUUUAAAUGAGCUACUAAUUUAAUAGCACGUCCAGUAAGAUUGUUGUUUCAAGGGGGGAAACUCAGACUGCCACGACAAUAAUAACCAUAUUGUUAAAUGAUCCAAAUCCAUCCAUGCAGUUUGGAUAUGAAAUCAUUGUCCUGUACUGUAAAUGUAUGAAUAAUGAUAUAAACUCUGUCUGUAUCAACUACUAACUCGUACACGUUCAAUGUGAAUUUUAAAGUCAUGACCACAAACACUGGAUCAGCAUUCAGAAAGAGCUUGUCCUUCACAACUUUAUUAUUCAGAAGAAUAAAAUAUUGCUCCAACC